GGAGAGGAUGAGUGGUGGGCGAUGGCUAGGAUUGAGGAGCCAGAUUGCGUGGCGCUGCAACGGGUUGGAAAGAGAGCGAAGGUGGAGGUGGAGGUUGUAUUUGCAGGGGAUGGGCUGGAUUGUGGACUCCGAUCGACGGAUGCUGGGAGUCCGGAGUCUCAGGCUAUGACGCCUCAGAUUGCGGCUGCAGUGGAGAGGAGUGGUAUGAGUGUGGGUGGAUCGGAUGUCCCUGAUGCUGCUGGUGCUGCGGCUGCGGAGGAGACUCUAGUACAGGAAAACGUGGAUGCGCUGCGCUCGCCGCAGGAUUGGUUGGAUAACCUCCGGGACCAGUAUCUGCAGGCGCUGUAUAUCUCCAAGACGUCUGUGGCGUACUUUGCCAAAGGUCCUCUCGCGCGUUGCCGGGCUGCCUUUCAAUCUACCGAGGUGGAAGGCAGUGGUCCUCACAGUUUGAUCGAGUUUUACAGGGAAUCUAUCCUCGUGGCAAAGAAGAUGGACCUCAAGUAUCGCGAGACUCUGCCUGCUAUGCUGAGUGAUGUCUUGCUCGCUCUGUCGGAUGAUGAAGCAACCAAGAAGAAGAAACGAAAGAGCACGAAGAAGAAGAAGCUUGGCAAGAACGGGCUGUAUCCCGAGGAAACUGAUUUAGUUCGCCAAUGGUGGAAGAGCCGUACGCUCAGCGACCAGGGUUUGCCUUCGGAAGGCCCUAUGUCGCGGGAGACGGAAUCCAAAAAGAUGAUCGCUGAUCUUCGCUUGCGCGAAACCCAACUGCAGAUUCUCCUCAUCCUGGAAACGAUGUCCCUCGAAGUGGUCGUCGCGGAAGGUGAACAGAGCAAACAGAGCAGCGGCGCGGACGAUGCACCAGAGCCGCCGGCCAAGAAGGAGUCGAAGACCAAGAAACAACUGGAUCUGAAUACUAUGCUCGAGCUCCACCUUGACCGAUUGUGCAUCUGGUAUGCCGUCAGCUUCGAGGAGACCGUCGUCCCUGACGCUGGGGCGUCAUCUGGACUGGCCCACCUUUCUGGGAAGAAGGUCGAGAGCGAUGCUGUUCGUGAUUUCUGCACCGAAGUGAUUAUCCCCUUCUACGCAUCCCGUCUACCUGAAAAGUGCAAGUCGAUCACCCGGAAAUUGGGCGUCUCGAGUGCCAUCUCACCCUUCACGAAGCCAACUCAGGCCAAGAAGGUGCCCAAGGGAGAGCCUGGUACUCCCGUCGAGCGGCAACAGGCGCAGAAGCAGUCUCGUCGUCGCACAUUCCAGCGUGUGCUCACGGACCAGAUGGGGUCUCAGCCUCGUCACAUCCCGUCCCUGAGCCGGUCGAAUACGACCCCUGCGCAAGCUGAGGCCAGACGCAAUUCCUUGGAUCCUCUUUUACCGGUCGUUGGGACCAACGUACGGGGAGGAAUCCAGAAAGCCAAACGCGCCGACAAUCGUGAAGUGGACCUGAAUGCUGUGACGCGUCAGCACGAGACGAAACUCAAGAAGAUGCAGAUGCUCGUGGAGCAGAAGAAGGAGCUUGACGCAGCCAUCAACGCUCUGCGCAAGCCCAAUCGCGAACUUGUGGCCAAGGACAUAGCUGACGAUGCCGUCAAACGAUAUUCCACCGGUGCUGCUAGUGGCAGCAGCUCGCGAAAGCCGAAAAACCCGGUGCGCAACCCCAUGGGACAAGGAGUGCAAGUUGCGGCCACGCCGAAGAAGGGGAGUCGGAGGAAAGAUGCCGUUGCCGGGAUGCCCCCUCUCCCUCCGACCUUCAUGCAGUCAUCAUCCGUCUCCAAGCCGACUGUAUCGGUGUCGUCUCCCUUCAACAGCGAGCCUCAGAUGGUCCCUGGCUCGACUAUUCGCUCUGGCUCAUUGUUCUUUGGAUCAGCCAGCCGCGGCGCAAGCGACGCGAUUCAUGAGACGCCCAUCCGUCGGCCAGCGCAGUCACUCUUGGCUGAUCCCGCCGGGUCGCCUUUGUCGAGCAGCUCUGGCGCCCUCUUCCGGGUCCCACCCCGUCAGCCAGUGCCAGCAGCACCGCGCUCCAUGGAAAUGGCCCCCUCCACGCCGGUCCAGUCCCGUCGACACGUGGACACCUUCCUCCCGCGUGUCAAGCCCUCCAUGGUGAUGGAGACGCCCCCAAAACCAGCCCCCAUCCUUGCGGGUGAUCUGCCUGCGGGGAUACUUCUUCCGGAAGACAACCCCGCCUCCAGCCAUCUUGUUGCGUUCGAAACCCCGGUCAAGGCGCCGGCAGCCGUGUUGAGCACGCCGGUGCGCAAGCCGAGUGCGGCCGAGCUGAUGGUGCCGGCCACGUCAGCGGUGCCGGUGACACCGGAGAAGUCGAUCUAUUCGGCAUUGGGAUGGGAUGAUGAUGAACUUGCACUGUAGGCGUUUAGCUUUGUCUCUUGUGUUACCUUGGCGAUACUUUUUGUUCUCGUAUAUGUUCAGCGGGCGUUCAUGGCGGUAUAUUGUUUCGAUGGUCACUGUGGUGUUGGUAAUUGAUAUCGUCGGUGAUGUAUAGGAACCAGGUGUUCCUGGGUUUAGUCGGACUGCAGGAGAUCCGAUUUCCACA